ACAACAGCAGCAUCAGCAGCAGCAACAGCAACAGCACCAACAACAGCAGCAGCAACAAACUCAAAACCAAGACAACCGUCCUCACCAUCCUCUCCUUCAACAACAGCCACAACAACAUCACCCCCAUCACCACCACCAUCAUCAUCAUCAACACCACCCGGGGAAUCAUCUCCACCCUGGCGAUUCGGGGGGUGGGAUAGGUGGUGCUGGCGGAGGAGGCGGAGGGGGAGGAGGCGGAGGUGUUGGCGGUGCAGGCGGAGGAAACGCUGGAGGAGGAGGUGACGCUGGAGGAGGUGCUGGCGACGGUGGUGGUGUUGCUGGUGUUGCUGGAGGACUACCAACAUCAGCCGAGCAAGAUAGAGCCGCUAGGAUAAAAGACGAGGAAGACGAGGAUAUAACCGAGAGAGAAGACGAGGAGGAGGACGAGGAUCCUUGCAGCUCACCAGAAUCCGAUCUCGAAAACGAACACGAAUCCAUGGAAGUCCAGGCCUCGGCCGUCACAGCGGCGGCCGCCAAUUUGCACGCUCUGCGACAGCACGUCUUCAAGAUGUCUGAUUAUUGGCAGCAGCCGCAAAGAGGCCCGCCUCAGCAUUCGCCGGGGAUACAGCAUAGUCCGAUAUCGAAUUCUACGCAACAGCAACAGCAUCAGCAAGUUUCGCAGAUGCAUAGCCCACUUGGCCAGCAGCAGCAGCAACAACAACAGCAAGCUGCGGUGUCUCAGGUGCAGCAGAAUGCCAAUUCUGGCUUAGGACAAACAACAAGUCCGCAGCAGCAACUGCAACAACAGCAGCAGCAGCAGCAACAGCAACAACAUGCGAUGUCAAUGAAUCAGCAAACUGCUCAGGGUGCGCAACAUCAAUCAUCGCCGGCACCUACGACACCAUCGCCUCAUGCGGAUCACCAAGGUGCCAUUGCGUCAAGCAUGGCCCAAAGUCUUCACACGCUGGCGGCACAGACCCAACAAAGUAUGUCCCAAACGUCAAGUCCAUCGCUGGGAGUUCAAGCUGCCCAAGCUCUUAGUCAAAACCUAGGACAAGCAUUGACGCAGGCGCUUACUCAGAACAUGCAACAAAACCUCGGUCAAACGUUGCAACACAAUUUGGCCCAAAGUUUGACACCGAAUCUGUCGCCGCAGCAACAACAACAGUUGCUGAACCAACCGCAGAAUCUAAGUCAAGCUAAUCAAAGUCUACAGAAUAUUCAAAGUCAGGCACAAAAUCUAUCGCAAACGUUGCAACAGCAGGCGCAAAAUUUGACGCAAAAUCUCAGUCUGAGUCAACAACAGGCGCUUCAGCAGCAGGCACAGAAUCUGUCGCAAAAUCUUCAACAACAAGCGCAAAACUUGACGCAAAAUUUGCAACAACAGGCGCUUAAUAUGGCCGGUACAAUCGGGCAAAAUGGUGCGUUAGCUGGUAUGAACAUGUCGGGUAAUCAACAACAAAAUUCGCAAAACUCGAUGCUCAGUCCUGGCGCAGCCAGCCAAGACUCCCACGAUGCUACGCUCACGGAGAAGCUUGUCAACGAGUUACAGUCUCGUGCCUCUGCGGCGGGGCUUGGUGGUGCGGGAGGUGCUGGCGGAGGCGGAGGAAUGGGCAACAUCAGCGAACGCACCCUCGAGGAAUGCUGGUCCACCCUGCAGCGAUUCUUCUCGCAGAUCUUCAUGCACAAGAGCGCGAUGCAGAUGCACGCGAGGGAGCUGGGUGCUGGCGCACUGACGGCAAGACCCGGGGGUGGCGUCGCGGGAGGCCUCGCGGGUCUCAGCGUCGGUGUUGGCGUUGGCGUCGGACCCGGGGGCAUGAUCACCGGUAACGAGGUCAAACCACACCAGUGCCAGCAAUGUCUCAAGUCCUUCUCGAGCAAUCAUCAGCUCGUGCAGCAUAUCAGGGUUCAUACCGGCGAGAAGCCCUAUAAGUGCAGCUAUUGUGACCGCAGGUUCAAACAACUGAGCCAUGUACAACAACAUACGAGGCUACACACGGGUGAACGACCGUACAAGUGCCAUUUACCGGACUGCGGACGGGCUUUCAUCCAACUAUCGAACCUUCAGCAACAUCUUCGGAAUCACGAUGCCCAGGUGGAAAGGGCGAAGAACCGACCAUUCCACUGCAACAUCUGCGGCAAGGGCUUCGCCACGGAGUCCAGCCUCCGUACCCAUACGUCGAAGGUCAGUCAUGAGUUGCAACAGCGUGUUGUGUUCCAGCAACACGCCGCCCUGAUCGGCGGCCCGAAUGCAACCAGCUGUCCUGUCUGCCACAAACUCUUCCUCGGUGGCGAGGCUCUGAUGGAGCACAUGAAGCACACCCACAAGGAUCCGAAUGCCUCCGGCGUUGCUAUUCCCUCCGCUGACUGCACAACCUCCGUUGCCGGGGUUUACCUAGCGAAGCGACGGACGGCCAACCACCCUUGCCCGGUGUGCGGAAAGCACUACGUCAACGAGGGUAGCCUUAGGAAGCAUCUAGCCUGCCAUCCUGAGACCAGUCAACUUAGCACGAGCCUCAGAAUGUGGCCGUGCUCGGUGUGUCAAGCGGUCUUCACUCAUGAGAGCGGUUUAUUGAGUCAUAUGGAACAUAUGAGGAUGGAUCCGAAACAUCAGUUUGCAGCGCAAUACGUGUUGAGUCGCGCGGCGGCCGAUAGGAGAGAAAGGGAAAUUCUCGCGAGUUCGAGUCUAGGUGCGGGGCUAGGUGUUUUGGGAGGUCAAUCUGGAGGACCACAAAAUUUGCAGCAACCACCGAUGUGCCCAUCGCCUUCGGCCCACUCCGAUAGCAGCAGUGGAAACGGACGGCUAUCUUCGGCCGGAAGUGAACCUGAUUUCUGCGCAGGCACUGGUCUAUUGAACAACAACAACAAUAACAACAACAACAACAUGGCAUCGCCAGGACCCAGCGGUAACAAGCUGAGUGAAAUGUUGAGAGCGGGCAGUCAGCCGGGUUCCGCGCAACAGUAUCACGACGAGAUGCAAUCGCAACAACAACGCAUGGCCGUCAUGGCCGCCGCCGUGUCAGCGGGUUUGCAAAACUCGGUGUCGCCGAAUUUGUCGCCCGUAGACAUGGCGUCGCUAGCAGCAGCCAUGAGAAUGGGCAACAACGGAGACAUGAGCGGCAGUGCUCAAGGAUCAGCUGGGUCUCAACAGCAAGGUGUCCAGGCAACCGGACCUGAACAAGCAUUGAGAAUGCAUCAAGCGGAAGCUUUGUUACGUUCCCAAGCUGAAGCCGCCCUUCGGCUAGCGGUGUCGCAGGCAGCAGCCGCAGCGGCAAGUUCAGCGGUUGGGGGAGAUGUGAGACAUCAUCUAACUCAGCAUAAUGGCGGCGGAUCUUCCGGUAUACCAGGACAUCAUGCGAAUCAACAAAUGUCUCAACAAGACAGCUUGUCACCGGAGUUCGGGGAAGCUCUACGUCUACAGGAGCAACGAUUAGAGCAAGCCCUGAGGCUUCACGGUGACCCACGCGCCCUGAGCUUUACCAUCCAGCAGGUGGUCAACCAACAGAACAACCAGCAACCAUGAAAGUUCAGUUACUACUGAGACGAGUGGACCCCUUGGACGCAAGAACAGACGGCUUUGCAACAAGUCGAACGUAUGAACCAACAACAGCAGCAACAUCAUCAACAACAACAUGUUGCGGAACGUUUGACUCCUUUAAAUAAUCAUCAGCAGCAAAGCUCGUCUGGUAUGGGCCAUCACCAGCAUCAGCAUCAGCAGCAGCAGCAGCAGCAGCAACAACAUCAUCAAGAGGAACGAGGUGUGAAGAGGAAAGUAGAAGACAUGCUCGGUAAUGCUGAAAACGCGUAAGCGGUGCGUCCAAGUGCGGUCAUCAACGAAUUUACUCAACGUCUCAGGAGUAUGAAAAAGCAAAAGAAAAAUAAAUGAAAGAAGCGCGUGGAAGUUUGAAAUCAAAGACUUCGUUAACGGACCGGACAAUGUUUAUCAAUAAACACCAGUCCAAGUCCGUUAGUUUUCGCGAAAUAAUCGCGAGAUCAACGAAACGAACUUGUUAGCCGUAUCGGACCUAGAAACUUUACGUUGGUUUAUUAGAACCUUCGGACGAUUUUAAGAGACGUACGGCUAAUCCGUUGCACGGUGUCGAUUGGACGUAACAGUGGCGACGCUUGCCUUCCACUUUACGAUGUUCCUUGCGUCGUACACGCUGUUCCUAUUUCGGUCCUAAAAAUGUACUGAUCUCGAUCGAGAACGUCGUGUACACGACACCACCAGAAAAGAAGAGACAGGGAAAAUAAAAGUAGACAGUGCUGUGUUAUUAUUGGUGUAUUCGCGUGUAAAUGGACGUUCUCGGGUCGUCUUCCGACCCCUUUUAUCUCUAAUCGCGAAUGCUGAUUUUCUCCCGCAAUUAGGAGAGACACUAUCCUCUUCUUCUUUAAGAUCCUCCAGGAUCACCGGUACGCGUCGCCACCGUUACGACCUUUUCUUCACCCGAAACGUGCCAUAAUAAAUGAUGAGUGGUAGACCGUCGUCGUUCGAUUUGUCCUCCUAGUAGUGUACUAAUACGACCACUCACUCAGCAGUCGGUCGCGUUCGUAUCGCUUUGAGGAUGCGGGACACGGUACUAUAUGACUUUUUUAGUACAAGAACCAUAACGACGGACAGGAAAAAUCUCUGAGCAGUGAUUCUCCAGUCCGAUUCGUGGUUCAACAAACCGAGCUAUAUGUAUAUUUAUAUGUAUACAUAUAUAAGGUCCGCACGACAUCGGUCAUUAUAUAUGUAUAUAUAUACAUAUGUAUGUACAUGUAUCUAUGUAUGUAUGUAUACAUACAAGCCAGUCUCAAGGUUCCCUUAAUCUUAAUCUCCCGUAACGUUUAAGAAGACGAAUCACACGCGAUACACAUAUAGAAACACGAUGAAAAAUAGAAAGAGACGGAUAAAGUUGGAGUGAAACCAUACACGUAUACUAUGUGCGUCAACUGAACGAUGAAAAAAGAUCAAUCGUUUUUUCGCGAGAGAGAGAGAGAGAAAGAGUAAGCAUAUACUUUUCCUCGAUCGUAAUUCGUACGCGUACGGUUACAUGAAAGACACACACACAACAAACACACUCCGUGGAGAAGAGAAGAAAGAAAAUAGGAGGGCCGAACGUGUUUCUCAACGAGCGUGUCGCGUUCCCAAAAAACAAUGCUGACGAGUGUGAAAGAACGUUAAUGAUAACACACCCGCAGAUGAUCAUACACAUAAACACAUACACACAUUGCAUGCUAAUAUAUAGCGUGAUGGGGAACGCGUCACAUACAUAUAAUCACACACGCACUUAUAGACAUUUGGUAGGAUACACUUGUACACAUUAAGCACAUACUGAAAAUACACUUAACUGGUAAGAUACACACAAACACACACAUACGUACUGUGUAAACUUUUGAAGAAAAAAUGCGCGCAACUUGUGCUCGUGAUAGCACGAAAACUAUUAGCUCGUAAGCGGACAAACAAAAUAUAAUUAUUACAAACAGUUAUAUUAUAUAUAUUAUAUAUACAUACAGAGUAUGAAGAGUAUGACGGAAUAAGUGAAGAGAAACAAAAAAGAAAAAAAAAAAAGAAAAGAUAAGAAUAGUGCACGGGUGCGAAGAUGAGAAAGAGAGAAAAAGUCACCCGAGAAAAAUAAGCACGCAAAAAACACACAUUUUAAAAUGAAAUUGAGCGUGAAUGCAAACGAACGUUUUUCGUGAGCGAGCACGCUCGAGAUGAUGAUGAAGGGGAAGAAAAGAUAAAUAAAAAAAAAACUAAAUGAUAAAUAUUAUAUAUAUAUUAUAUAUAUAAAUAUUAUAAAUAAUGAAUAUAGGGUCUAUGAGACUAGGAUAGUUAGGCGAAAGAGAAAUUUCGUGCGAGUGGGGCGUACGCGUUUGUGCGAUUUUACGCGAUUCCAACUAUCUUAUGCCGAGAAAAUGAACAACGAAUGAGUGAUACAAAAAUGCGAGAAAAAAGUGUAUACACGAGAAGCGCGUGCGUGUGCGAGAGAAUGAGAAAGAAAGAAAGAAUGAGUGACAGAAACCGAGGACAGAAGCAAUAACGAAAGAAAGAACGAGUGAAAGACAUCGAUGAAUGUAAAGGCUAGGAGAAUUGGAAACGACGCGUAAACGCACGGAUGCGCACGUGGUGCGAAUGUUAGAAUCGAACAAAUGAGAAUGCUUCGUGAGCAUCAAGGAAGAACGAAUGCGUGAAAAUAAUAAUAAUAAUAAUAAAAAAAAAAAAAUGCGGAGCGUUUGAGAUUUUAGAAUGACGUGCUUCAGGUAAUCUGAGGUCCUGUGAUCGUUAUAAGCGAAAUAUUUUUUUAUUUCCGGGUAAUAUAUCUGAACGCGUAAAGCACUUGCGUCGUUUCGAACUUUUACUUGCAAUAUACCGUUACGUUCUCGCAAUACUUAGGAAGAAAGGAGAUUGAACAAAAAAUGAAAAACGAAUAAAAUAAAGACGAAUAAGAAUAGAAGUGGAUGAGAAAACUACGAAGAUGAGGAUGACGAGGAUGAGAUAAAGUUUAUCGAAGAAAGUCCGUAGGUUUGAACCGUGGAGCGAACUUUAGAAAACUCGGGCCAACCCUUCGCCCUUUUUCAGAAGACUACCAUACUUGAGAACCCCUUGUAUCCCAUUCAUGUUUCUUCACUUACCCAUUUCCCUCGUAAAAUGAACAAAUCUUUCCAUCUAAUUUUCUUAUAUUUAAACAAACGUUAACGGAAACAAAGAUAAUAACUAAUUCGUGGAUCGUCCGUGCUUUCGAUGGGAUUUCUUUCGAUGAGAACUAGACUAAAAUUAUAAAAACGAAACGAAUCAAACUAACAAAACUGAAUUUUCGAUGCAAACCAUUCGCGGAUGUAACAAUAAUCGAAGCGGGAGAUGAUAAUAAGAGAAUAAAUAAAAGCAAAUCAAAGCUCUCUCUCGGAUAAAAAAGAAACGUUGGUUAUUCGGAAAAAAAAGAAAAAGAUAUGAGAGACAAGAGGAUGUAAACAAAAUUAUGACGGAUCGGAAAGACAUUGACGCGCGAUAAAAUUCGACUCAUUGUCAGGAGACGUUCGACUUCUUCGUUUCUUUGACUGAUGAUCGCGAAACGAGUAGAGUGCGGAAACGAAUGGUAGCGUGCCGAAUAUAAUAAUCAUUUUUCCCCCGUGACAUACGUCGAACCGCGUUGUUGUUGUUAUUGUUAUUGUUGUUGUUGGCCCCCAUUCGGAGACUCUCGAUGAGACUUUUCGUUCUUUACUGGCUCGUAUUUUACUAUCUAUUUUAUCUCCCGCUUCCAUUGUUUCUCUUCCAUGAUUUGGAAACGAAAAUAUUAGAUCUUCUCGCUUUUAUUUGACAGAGUAAUUAAUAUUUACAAAAGGAAAAUCAAUUUUUCGAAACAAUUUCGCUUAACAAAUGUUUACUAUUAAAAAUGAAGAAAAAAUGAUAAAAAGUCAAAGGAAACAGGAAAAAAAGCCCAUCCAAAGAAGGAAAUCGAUCGAUUUUAAUUUGCGAUAAAUCUGGAAACGAAAUUAAAUCGCGUAUUUGCAUAUAUAUAAUUUUAUUUUUUCAAGGAACCUUGUUCGCCAAUUACGAAAGUUUAACCUAACGUCGUCAUCUUCGUUGAACGUAAAAAAAAAAACACACGCCGAGAAGCCGCCGGGUAAACAGGCUUUUUCACCAUUCGGGACGAGAAAAGGAAAAGAUCACUAAAGGAUUCAUCGUCAAAGCUACAUUUUACAAUCGAACCCGCCUCGUACGCAAGACUCCGGAGGAAGUCGAACCUUUCGAUGAUCUCUCAUGACCGCGACCUUGAAAUUUAGAGUCUCGUUAAAAAGAAUAUUUAAACAAAAUAGAACACAAUAUUCGACCAAACAUUGCCAAAAAUGAUAUGAUGGACCAAAACGCGUAUAACGAGAACAAUACAAAGUAUUAAAAAGACAAAUGUAACAAAAUAGAACGCACAAAAUGCAGCAAAAAGAAAUAUUAGAAAAAAGAAAAAAAAGAAAGCGGGUAAAAAAUAAAACUUGAUUCGUUCCCCGAGUCUCGCGUUGAGCGAUUGCGGGUCGAUCAUUGGUCGUUCUUAUUAUAAAGAAUUUUUACGUUACAGGGCGUUAUUUCCUCGGAUUAAGUAGUAUGUAAAUACACCUUGAUAUCACAAGCAUAAACUGAGAAUUUACUGGUAAACUUAAAGGAAGUACAUAAUGCGAAAUAGGGUUAGUUUCUAUGUAAAUACCUAAAGCUGGACGAGUGCAUACCCCUCGUUCACGCAACCAACGAUAAUCGUUUUUAUCGAACCAGAGCUUCUGUUCGUCGUCGGUGUACGCCUGGACGUCUACGAGCGUUCUUACUCGGAUUAUCACUUUACGCUCGUCUUAGAACGAUUAGUGAAAAUCUUAGAAGGAACGCUCUGCGAGCCGAGCGUCGCUGAUCGGGAAAUUCUUUUUUUUUCUCGACACCAAUACUCUCACACGUGAUAUGCGAUUAACACGAUAUUACACUUAUAUAUACUAACACAAUUACAUGCAUACAAAACAUAACACAGAUAGCUUGCGAUGGAUUGUACAGCUAUGAUAAAACAACAUUACCAACUCGGACAACUAUUUUUGGCAUUAUGAUAAUUACUCUUGCACAACCGGCACCGAUGAGAAUUAUCUUGGUUUUUCAUUUGACUUCGGGCUAGGGACCAACAUUCGGUUUUACUUGCCAUCGAUAAAGAUAAUCGGAUCGACUGUUUAGAUAAGAUACAAACGAAAGCAAACCCUAACGCAGUUUUAUAUUUAAAUGAGAAGCGAAGAUCGCGAAUUAUUUUUGAAAAACCUCCCCUGUCAUGCACGUAUCGUAACGAAACGUUAGCUCAUUAAUAAUGAUAGGAAAUUAAAAUCAGGGAGAAAGAGAGCGAUGGUUGUUGAUCAGUAUGAAAGAUUUUUGGUGGAUGUUUUUCGGAUCGCUAAGUUAUGCUUCCUUCGAACAUAACUUACGAUUGCGAAAUCGUUGAAAGGGUGAAACGAAUGUGCAUGGACGAGAGUGCGAACGAACUUAGCUUCGAGGGCACAAAGUUGAGGUUUAGGAAAACAAAACAGGAUUAAAAAAGCUUAAUAAAAAUGAAAAAUACGAUUCUUUCGGAAAAUUUUUUCAAUGACUUUGCUUUCAUACCAAAAAUAUAUCUAUAACGAAUAAUAAAAAGAAACUCAAAUCAUUGACCGAAAAAUGCCAAGAAUUAUAAGUCAUUUAGAGAAAAAAAAAAAAACAAAAAAAACACAAAAUAAUAAAAAGAACGGCACAAAUCUUGAUUUUUACGGUCCCUAAGAAAAAUCCGCGAAGAAAAAAAACUAUAACGGGUGCACGUAAUUAUACCGAUAAGAGUGCAGGAGAGGAAAAAGAAAGAAAAAAAACGAAAAAAUAAUAUGAAAAGCUUUCGAAACGAUACAAAAAGGUUAGAAAAGACAAAGAAGAUCGAUAAAACAAAAAGAAAAAGAAAAAAAAAACAGCAGUACCAUUUAUCACCAUCAUAACCAUCACAAAAGAAAUAGAACAACAGUAACAAUACAAAAAAACACUAUAUCACUCUAACCACCCACGUCGAAAUCCUUCAUGGACGCGAGCACGUGCAACGACCCAUGAAACGAUUGACAGACGAGAAUUUUUCAACAAAAAGUUAACAGAAAAAAAAAAGAAAAAAAAGAACGGUGCAUCCUGCCGUGCGCCGAGGGUUGCUUUUUCAUGUCGAAUGCAAAAGUAACGUGAAAGAAAAAAAAUAGAAGUUAGAGAAAAGCACACACACAUUCGAUCGGGGCAGCCAAUUGAAAUUUUCCCCGCAACCCACCUACCCUUUUUCCCACCGUGAACUUGACAUCCACACCUCCCCUACCCCUUCAAACACCCCCCUUUCAACAAAAAUAAUAGAGAGACGGAGUGAGAAAGAAAAAAGAAUCAUAAUAAAAGUAUCAAUCUCCGCGCGAGAAGGAGGAAUUCCCGAGGCGCCGGCCCGUGCCCCGCGAACGUUGUAUCAUAAUUUUAAAUUAAAUGAAAAUAAUAAGAAUUAACGCAAAAAAAAAAAAAAAGUAAAUAAAUAAACGCUAAUAAUAAUAACGCGAAAGAAAAAGCUAAAAAAACACAAUGAAAAGCACACAACAUUACAAUAGCUCUAGUAGUGUAUGUUCUGUAAUCAAAGCAGGAAUAAGCGCAGAUAAAUGAUAAAAAUAAGCGCGCACGUUACCGACCACCCUUUCACCAAGCGGUGGGAAGUGCGUGCCGCUAAAAAAAAGCACAAAAAAAUAAUUUACAAAUAUAUUGAUUUACAUAUGCCCGUAACUAAUAAGCGGGUCGGUGGCGUAACGCUCGCGAAAGUUCAGCCCCUUUUUAAAGAGCUCUCUCUUCCUCCCCAUUCUUUCCCGUAAUAUAGGCCAAAAAUCUUCUCUCUUGUUUGCUCGUACUUGGGUCACCGAUGAACCCAUCGAACUCGGGUCAGUCGGAAAAUAGGAAUCUUCGAAAAGCAUAAAGAAACGGAGAAUGGGAGAGAGUACGAACCACAAAGGUCAUAACGACCCGCGUGUGAGUCAACUAGACUUAUUCUAGUUUAGGACAAUGAGAUGGAGAUGGCCCCAUUAUCAUACAAAGAAAUAGAGAAAGAUAAAGGAAGAGAGAGAGAGAGACAAGUGAAUAUAUAUAUAUAUAUAUAAAUGAAAGUGGCGUGUCCGACGCGUAGACCCUGCAAAACCGACCCUAACCAUAAUCUUAAUCUCUUUCAUGUAAAUUUGCUAAAUGUUUAAAUAAUCUAAAACUUGCCAUAGCCCGGAUGCGCUGGUGCAUACUCCCAGCGCAUACACACUACAAAUACGACUCGACCUAACGAAUAAACGCAAAAAUCCUCGGUAACGUCUCUAAUGCGAACGAUGUCUCUUAGGUGAGCGACACCUAAGUCAAUCAAUGGGGACGCCCGCGGUAGAAUUGGUAUUCUCGACAAGGAACAAUUUACAACAGAUACAGAUUACAAUUACAGCAAUAGAGAAACACGAGCAAUUAACCGAAUACAUCGGACACAAAUACACACGCAGCAAUUGAUAAGGAGAGCCCUGUACACAUAAAGUCACUCUUAUUACACGCUCGAACACACUAUUACACUCUAAUUACACUUCGUAUACACUAUAAAUACACAUGCUACGGAUAUGUAAAGCCAAUUGAUUUUGUAAAUUGCCCAAAAAAGGAAAUUUUUCAUAUGAGUUUUUUAAAUGCAAAAGUGAUCAACGAAAAAUCAUUAUUAAAGAAGAAAGUUCUACGAAGCAGCACAAUUAAACGCAUAUUCGGCCCUACAUUAUGUAGUAUAUAUAUAUAAUAUCUACACACGUAUUUUCAUGCGACAAUUCGAUUAAAUCUCGCACCGAUCCGUCUGGAAUGGAUCGUUGGAGGAUCUAUUAUUUUGAAUCGAACCGUCCUUCCAGGUGGAAAGGAACAAUAAUAUCACCAAUGAAAAAAAACUUCAUGGUGACUUCAGCAAAAAAAGAAAAAAAAGAAAAAAGAAAAAAAAAACAAAACAAAGCUAAAGAUUUGGAUAAUAGAAAGAAAUAAUGAAUCUGUAAGAAAACAUUCGCGGCCUUUGGCAUACGUUUGGAUGCAGAACCGAUGAUGAAUGAGCUUCCACGGAAUCCCGUGCGAUCUCCAUAGUCUCCCGGACUUGACUAAAGAAAACCCGGCAAUGAUACGAACGAACUCUCCCUUGUGGAAGUUCGAUCCUGGCGAUGGACAGACGAUGAGGUACCGCAAAAGUAGUCCGAUGAUGAGUCAAAAUACGAAGGGACGGUAUAAAAUGACGGAAGAAGAAAGAAAGAAAGAAAGAAAUAAAUAAAGAAAGAAAAGAAUGAAAUGAUCGUCAGGAAAGAAACUUACGGCACCUCGGUAACCGCGCAAGCGUCUGUUCCACGAUAUAAUAAUAAUAAAAAAAAAAGAAAAAAAAAAUAAUGAUGAUGAUGAGAGAGAAGAGAUGAAGAUGAUGAAGAAGUCGAAGGAGAAGAAAGGCGCUAUUAAAUAAGACGACCUAGGAAGUGGCAGCGGCGUUGUAGGAGCCGUUGUUCGAGUACGGCUUUACAAGCAAAAACCGUUGGUUUGUUUUCGAUCGGGUUUUAAUUUUUUAAUGAAAUAAUCUCACGACGAAUAUCGCGUACGAUCGAGAUCGCUGAUUUCUAAUCGGAAAAAAAGGGCGAAUGACGUAUGUGUAUAUUCGUGGCAGUGUGUAUCGUAAGUGCGCAGCAUAAUGAUAAAACCGACAGUCUAGCAGUGCGAGCGCCUCGGCAGCAUUCGCGUCUUCACGCGGUGAUCUUAGCCGAGCCUCCGUGAUUAAAAACCGGAAUAAGUUGUUUCAAUGUCCACUAUAUAAAUGAAGAGCCAUAGUCGUUAGAAGGUGAUGGUUCCAACCUCGAUAUCGUCGAUGACCGAACAAGUCCGUCCUUAUAAUUUCGACUUUAUAUUAUUCUAAAAAAAAGAAAACAAAAAAACCAAUCUAAAACUAUCCAAUCAAUUCGAGGGCAAUUUGGUAUAUACAUUUUCGAAUAACGGGAUUAAAAAUCGACAAAUUUUGGGGAAAAUUCUUGGAGACCGGUGAGCUAUGUCGAAAAUUAAUCAAUUUAGAUAAAAUAUUAAUAUUUAUAUUCCAAAAAUAUAAUCAUAUAUUUCGCGAAAUGAAAUGACCAAAAAUUCCACUCACUGUAUAGGACGGAUAAGAAUCGUAUCAGAUCGCGCGGAAAAAAGUUAGCAAAAAGUAACAUCCAAAGGAGUGGCAACUGCCUUUCAUUCGGACGAAUAACAACAGCGAUUCUCGACGAUGACGAGUGUCCGGAGCCAUCGCGUUGGUCCGUCACUGAAGGCCUCGUGAUUCUGGCAAACGCGGUGCCUUCGUGACGGGCGAUACUCUUUUUCAAAAUAUUCUCCAAGUUUUUGUUAACGAGAAUGUGUUUUUUCUCCCUUGUAUCCCUUAGUAAACCCUCUCUAUUCGUAUCCGAGGUGAAAGACCGAGUCCGAUCGGAAAAUAAUAUGAUUAGGAUAGAAUUAAUUAGAAAAUGAAUGUUGUGAAGAUAGAACAAAAUUAAUAACAAAUUAAUUUAUAUAUAAUAGGGCAUAUAAAAUGAAAUCGAUGAUGACAAAUAACCGUCCGUUGAGUGGGUGCCUUCGUCAGGGUUUUCCGUUACAUUAAACGAACGUUUUCAAGUAUAACUCACAAUUAGUAGUGUUAUGGUAGAACAGUAAUUACAGUAUACCGCAGUAAACAAUUAACUAAGUAAGUAUACAGGAAGCACGUGGUCUUUUUCAGUGUCUACAGUAUCGUCGUACGCCACCGUGCAGUGGAACGACCGGAAACACCGGAUUCAUUUCGCGUGGAGUUCCCUUCCCGCCAAUUUCACCUCUUACCCUUAAUCGUCAUGAUGAAUUCAAAAUUCGUGAAGCAAGUCGAUUCAAUUCAGUAAUUUUCUAAACAAAAAAUGACGGAUGGAUCGAAAAUUUUAGAUCGAAAAGAAAAAUAAUUCCAAGACCCUCCCAUUUACCCGUCCUACCGAAUCCGUCGUUUCGACGCCAUCCACCGUCCGCGAGAUCAGAGAUACAAUCAGCAUUUAACAGAUAAAUAUGAUAAUAAGUGUACUAAGUGUCCGUAGUUUAGCCAACGUGUACAUUGUAUACUCCAAUAGAGGAAAGGAAGGGAAAGAAAUAGGAUUGAUAAAGGACAAGAAAAGGACAAGUUUUAUAUAGUUUAUAGACAAGAUAGGAAGGAGAGAGAGCGAGAGAAAGAGAGAGAGAGAGGAUAGAGAGAGAGAGAGAGAGAGAGAGAGAGAAAGAAAAGAUAAAGCGAGUUGAAAGACGAUUGCACGGUGGAGCCAUAUUUAACCAAUCAAUAUGAUUAAUUAAUAACAGUACCGUAACCAUUUGUCAAGUCGACUUAAUUAACAGUUAAGCAGAAUGCAUACGUAUACACUUGCAUACAUACAUAUACACAAUACACAUUAACACGUCCAGUUACGUGAAAGCUUUGCGUAUCUAUAUACGUGUAAUAUAAACACACAAAGACACUAACGCACGAGGAUACAGGAGGAAUAUGAUAUAACACAAAAAACAUAGAACAUCCGUACUCAAGAGUAUGUAAGGAUCAAGCGAUCGCACAGUAUCGCUCAUUACUUAUUAAAUAAAUCGCGUAGGCACUCACUACGGAUAGGAAGAAAUAGGACUUUGGGACUCGGACCCGGAUAAGGGGGUGCCCGAACGCGCGAAUCACUUAACUCUCGCGUAUGUAGUCUACGUGUUUCCCUCUCGUCGAGAGCACGAACGAUCGGAUAAGUGAUAACGCGCGUUCAGGUUCUCUCCUGUGGUUAUUUCAAUUGAUCUUUCCAGUGCAGCCUUGAGUUAUUUCACUUACGGCGUUAUUUUCAACACAAAAUAAACCCCACCACCCACCCCCCACUGGCCACCUAAAAAUCAUCCGCUCAUAUUCUUCGAAAGGAUGACAUCCCCUCGACACACCAAUCCUCCUCAGUUUCACACGUACGCGUUGUUUCAAGUUCGUUCGCGAUGUCUCGAUUACGUGAUCACCGUUUUAGGCACGUCUCCUCGUUUAAAUACAAAUUUUAUUAUAAAUAAUAAUACUAAAUGAUUUUUCUCACAAAUUAGCAAAUCAAAAAUGAUAUAUUUUUCGAUUCGAUGAAUUCGUAGAAUAAAAUUCUUUUAUUUUAUUUUCACAAAAAUUUAAUGAAAAAUAUUGGAGAUAAUAAUUAAAAAAAAGAUUGAAUUGGUAUGAAUUUGGUAUGCGUUAGAGAGAAGAGAAGAGAGAGGGAGGAGACAUGCCUGAACCACGACGAUCGAAAAGGUGCGAACGUUGAGUUAAAUAUUUUGAAAACUUUUAUGUACAGUUAGUUACCGUGUAAUACAGCGCAUAUUAUCGUUUAUUUCGGUGACGCUUCGCUUGUCGUGCCUUUCAUGAUUAUCAACGAUUCUCACCAUACGGAAUCGUUUUAAAUUUCAAUUGAUUUGGCAAGGCAAACGGACGCACGCAACUUUAAUGGUAUCGAUUGAGUUUGGUCGAAGUCCCCUUUUGGGCAAACACACCGACGCACUUCCGGUCCCGCUGGCUCGCCGUAAAUCAUUCAAGAUAUAGAAAUA